AGUUUUGAAAACAAAAUGAAAGUUAUGAAGAUUGAUUAUGGAAAUGUGGAAAUUGGUAAAACGGCAACAAAGACAAUAGAGAUAUGGAAUGAAUCUUAUAAAGAACAAUUAUAUCAGGUUCAAAGAGAUCCGAUUACAAAUCCUUUGGAUCAUGUAUUUCAUUUACAUUCUUAUACUUGGACUUUAGGUCCUGAUGAAAAAUUCUUAUGUGAAAUUUAUUAUCGGCCUUUAGUCGUAUCUUCUAGAAAUGUUGAUUAUUUUAUAAUCAUAGAUAACAAUGGAGCAUACAUGAAAAUUAUUACCUAUGGAUCUAGUAUUGGUCCUAAAGUAAUUUCUUCAACAAAAAGAAUCUUUAUGAAUACAAAUAAAAAUUCUAAGGUUAAAAAACGAAUUAAAUUAUCGAAUGAUUCUAAAGUUGCAGCGACUUUCAUGUUUAAUAUAGACGAAAAACAUAGGAUUUUUCAAUUAGACACAAGAUAUGGUGUUAUUAAUGCUUAUUCUUACAAAUAUGUUACGAUUACAUUUAUACCGCCAAAAGAAGGAAGAUAUACAUAUUAUUUGAUUAUUUUAAUUUUAUAUCAAGAACCAAUUAUUAUAGAAUUAUAUGGUUAUUGUUACUCAGUAUUUAUUAAAAAAGAAACUAUAAAAUCUAUUCCUUAUCCUUGGAUGGAAAAAGAUGGCUUUAAAGGAUAUAUGAGAGAUACUACUGAUACAUUAAAAUAUCUGCCUCCUGCAUCUUUAUCAAAGCAUUAUUUCAAUUUUGGUCAAGUAGAUGUUGAUGUAGAAAAUAUUAUUCAGAGAAUACCUCACUCAAUAUGUCUCACAAAUCAUAUCCAUUCAAAUUUAUUAAUUAUCUGGGAAAAAGAUACUGAUGGAAUUUUUUAUGUAACGCCUUCUGAAAUGAUACUUCGUAAGAAUCAAUCUGCUUUAUUUGAACUUACAUUUAAUCCUAAUAUAAAAAAUAAUCUUUUUGGAAGAGAGAUUAUUUGUUCUAUUUUCUUGGAACAAGAGAAGCUUUUUACUUUCCCAUUUGUUUUAUCAAUGACAGUAAUAGGUCAUUCUUUUCCUAUUACAUCAAGUGGGUGGAUUCCACAAUAUGAAAUUCCUCAAACAGUAAUAAUGCCACCAAGUGUACCACCAUAUCCAGUUUAUACCACUUUCCUGAUUAAAAAAUUUGGUCAUUUACCUCUUAUGUUUCAAUUUGUUUCACCAUCAGCAAGUCAUUUCAUUGUAAAACCAAUGCUUGGUGUAAUUUAUCAAGAUUAUCAAAUAAUUAUUGUUGAAAUGACAUCUAAACCUAAAAAUGAACAAAUUUAUAUAGAAAGAUGGUCAAUAUAUUUUAAUGGGAAUACAAAAAAUGAAAAUUAUAUAGAUUUUAAAGGAUAUGCAGAGUAUGCAAAUCUUGUUUUUAAUAAUAAUAAUUUAUUAAGUUUUCCAUCAGUUUUGCCAGGUUGCCAACAAUUUUUACAACUUGGAAUGAGAAAUGUUACUCGUCAUGAAAUAAAAUAUGAAUUUUAUAAUUUACCAUCUGAAUUUAAGGUACAAUUUAUUCAUGGAAAAAUUGAUGCAAAUGAUACAUUGUAUCAAGAAUGUUUGUUUGCUCCAAAUGAAAUAAAUAAAGAUUAUGAUUUCGAAAUACAAUGCCUUUUGAUUGUUAUAAAAAAUGGAGCUUCUAUUGGGUCAAAAAGUUUUGUAAAUCUACGUAUUCGUGGAAGUAGUGAAAUGGGAUUAUUAGAAGCACAUCCAAAUAAAUUAAAUUUUGAUGAGUUAGAAUAUAACAAUACUAAGACAUUGUCUUUUGAUCUUGUUAAUCCUAGUUUAGUAGAUAUUUAUUAUACAUUGAUUUGUACUCAUCGUAAUUGGGAACUUGGAGAUAUUAAAAAAGACGUUAAAUUACAUCCUUUAUCAGAGACUAUAUUUGCAGGAUCAACUAAAAAAAUUCUAGUUUCUAUUACUCCACACGCAGCAGUAUAUUAUGAAUUUAUAAUUCAAUAUGUAAUAAGAAUUAAUUUUUGUUCAGAUAUAUUAGUAAAUAGAUACAAUCCAAUAGAUAUUUGCAGUGUAUCUUGCAUGUGUAUUUUGCCCACAAUAAAAGUAGACAAUUUAUGUGCCUUUGGAUAUAAUCAAGACUAUUCAAUACACAUUAGUAAACAAUUUUUAUGGAAUCGAUUACAAAUAAACAAAUUAAAUGAAAUUCUAAUAGAUUUACUACCAGGAGAAACAGAAACUGUAAAUAUCAACCUUUUACCAAUGACUCUAAAUAAAGGAACUCUUUUAUUAAAAUGGGUAAUAAUUAAUCCUUCAACAUUGCCUAUUUCUCUAAAGAUGAAAAAAAUCAAACAAUGUUCUUGUAAACCUAUUAUAAAAACAAUUGGUUAUUUGCCUCGGCGAAUAGAAAUUGACUGUAUUCAUAAAAAUAUUUGUGAUAUAUAUAUAAAAUCGAAGAUGUUAAAACCAGAAGAAGAAACUGUGAUUGGUAUGAAUAUUCAUUACAUAUUAGUUGGAAAAACAAUUAUGUCUUGGGAUCUAAAUAUUGGACAUGAUCGUCAUAUUAUUUUUAAAGUGACCAUUGAUUGUUUAGCAGAACAUGAUUCACAAAGUAAUUUCUUAAGUACUCCAUCAAUAAAUUUUGGAAAAGUUUAUUUUGGAAAUAAACAGCCUUUUUAUAGGGCACAGUGGAUAUUUAAUAUUACGAAUAAGGAUUUACCAUAUUCCGUAGAUACUAAUAAUAUUCAUAAAUUAAAUGAGAAGUAUCAAUGUGAAAUUUUUUCAUGUUUAUCACAAGAUGGUAUCAUAAAAAGUGGAACAGCUAUACCUCUUAUAUUUAAGUUUCAACCAAGAAUGUUUGGUGAAUAUAAGAUAAUAUUUCCAAUAAUUAUGGGUGAUAAAACAGAAGAAUUGACAUUACAAGGACAAUCAAUUUUUGAUUUUAAAUUAGUUAGUAUUUGGAGAAGAAUACCAGCUUUUUGUGCUUGUAAAACUCCACUAUUUCCUAUAUAUUUUAGUGUUGAUUCCAUGAACUUAUGGAACAUACCUAUGCAUAAUAGUGUUACUAGAAUGCUUUUAAUAUAUAACAAUUUAGAUUUUGAUGCACUUGGUUAUAAAUGGAAAUGCCAAAAAAUACCAGGACUAUUGAGCGUCGAUAUAUUUCCUCGGAAAGGUAUAUUGCAGCCAAGUUCGGUACAAAGUUUUAGAGUUAGAAUUGAAACUUCAGGAUAUCCUGGUCGAAUCGAUUUUCAUAUACCAUGUAUGUUUUUUAACGCUAGUAAAAGACGAGAAUACCAAAGAAGCAUCAUUAAACAUAAUAUUUUAAGUCAAGAAUUAAAAGAACAAUUCACUAUUACAGAAAAAGGCAUUUAUGUACCAAAACCAUGGAUUGAAAUACUUGAUGAACCAAGUAAAUACUAUAAAACAUUAAGUGUACGUUGUUGUACAUAUUCUGUGGAAGAUGAAAAUAUAAAAGUUAAAUUAUUAAGAGAACUAAAAGCUACUCCUUUAAGUGUAAUUCAUUUUGAUGAUAAUAAAAAUUAUAAUAAUGUUAUAAAUGAAAAAGAGCUCUAUAUAAUAACACUUAUUUUGGAAAAUUUAUUAUGGGAUAUUGUUAAUACUAAAAGAUUUAUAAAAAUAAUUGAAAAUAAUUUAAUCCCUGUAAGAAAUUUGUAUUAUACUCAAUUCACAAUGGAUAUUUCAAAGCGAAAAAGAUUAGCACGAAGAUCAUAUAUAUCACCACCAUUAAAAAUUAUAGAAGCAAUACUAGAACGAAUGUCAUUUGAUAUAAUUCAUGAAGAAUUCACUUUAAAUGUUAAUCAUUUAAUCCCUGAUGAAGAUGUUCGGCAUCGAAACUAUUUCAAAAUGUUACCUAAACAAAAAAGAACAGAUCUUAAAUUUGAAUUUAGAGAAGAUGAAGAUGAUGAAGAUGAAGAUAUACAACAUAUGAAACCAGGAUAUAGAAUAUCUUUUGCAAAUACUAAUAAAAUCUAAUAUGAUUAUAAAAA